AUGCCACAAAGACAGUGCGUGGGCCUGACUGACAGUGCGUACUUGGGCCAAGUGGAUACUGGACUUUGGACUGCGACCCUGGACCUGCUCAGCUCGAAAGGGCUGCCGUUGUGGCUGCGUCAGCCCAGCCCCACAGGCCUCUUGUCCACUGACAGCGCCCGCCCUGCCUUCAGCAAACCCACUGAUAAGAUAUCCAUGGAUGGAUACCUCACACUGCUCACACUGGUGGCUCGCGGCAAGGACGAGAGCACGGGCACCGCUGCCGAGCGCGGCAAGUUUUUAGAUCCUAACGUUACCUUACCUCUUCUCGUUCUUUCUUCUUGCGCGAAACUUGCUUCUCAGCCAGACAGGAAGACAGUCGGCCCGCCAAAACGAGAAAGAGGGAAGGUCGUCCUCGUCUCGGUAGGACACGACCAGGGUCAAGGCCGCGCCGUCAUGGCCUCCUCCUUCUCCUUCUCCUUUGGCGGAGAUGACAUAGACGAGGACUCUCAGCUGGUGGCGAGCGGCGAUGCUGGGCGUACUCAGAUUGCGCAACCACCAGCGCCACCGCCAAGUGCAUUCCCUGUUCAGGGGAAACCGAUGCUUCCGCCGACAGAGCAUCAACUGGCUGACAUGCUCUCGAGGCUGCCCUCCAAGAUUGCAUACAGUACGUUGGCUGUCGAGCUCGGCGGGCGCGAGAUGAUCCACCUACCGCGCCGCGAGCUGUGGGACGUCCGUGUGCAGCUCAUGGCCGAGGACGAGGGGCACGGCGCCGAGAAGGGCGCCGAGGAGCUGGAGCCAGGCCUGGGCGAGCACGACGUCAAGACGGGGAUUUACGAGGGCGGCUUCAAGAGCUGGGAGAGCAGCGUCGACCUCGUCAAGGUAUUGGCCGAGGAACGCCUCUCCCCAGUCGCCGCCCUUGCCAAUUCCCCAGUGAGGGUCAUAGAGCUGGGUUGCGGCACGGGACUUCCCUCCAUUGCUCUCUUCCAAUGGGCAUCUGCAGAGCUUGCUGCUCAGAAGAGACAUCCGCUGUCCCUCGUGCUUGCUGACUACAACCCGUCCGUUCUAUACCUCGUGACCCUGCCCAACAUUCUAUUGGCAUGGGCUCUGCAGCAGCAAGAACACCACCCUGUUCUCAAAGAGGCACUCGCGUCCGAGGGUGAGCUCGAUCUCACAGAGGAUGUGAAGAGCGCUUUUCAAGCAUUCCUGGUUGAACGGCAGAUAUCUCUCUCCUUCCUCUCGGGCGGAUGGUCGGAAGAUUUUGUCAACCUACUUUACAGCCCCAAUGUCCUACCCCAAGCAUUUGCCGAGUCCAACGCAGUGAUCAUAGGCGCGGAGACGAUCUACUCACCGUUCGCCCAGAACCUAUUUUCCGAGAUCAUUCUGUCGAUUCUUCGAAAGGAGCAUGUUGAAAGACCCAACAACAAUGCUACGGCGAUCGUUGCGGCCAAGAGGCUGUACUUUGGUGUAGGGGGCUCACUGGAUGACUUCGUUGACAAAAUGAGGACGUCUGGGGCAACGAUCAACGAGCUGCGAGAGGAGACAGAGGGCGUUCGUCGCGGCGUUGUACAGUGCCUCCUCCCGUAG